UCACGUGACCGCCACUGUUUCCUGUUGCUAUUGUAUUACACUUCCAUGUUUUUCACCUCGGACAGAAACUGUGAUAUAAAAGUACUACGGACCAAAUUGUAACCUUUGAGUGAGUUGCCCCGCGUGGAAAGUUUUAGCUCAACGUCCGCCACGUCGCUACAGCCACCAGAGGCGCUGACCCGGGGGGCAACAUGGCCAACUGCGUGGCUUUCCAGAGCAAGUUAACCUCGAUCAUGGAGAUGCUAGCUAAAACCGCCGUGGUGGAAAUCAGUAAACUGUGGGAAGACGGCUUCACGCUCGUACAAGUCGAGCUUCGCAGGAGGGAGAACGAAAUUGAAGCCCUGAACAGAAAGUUGAUGCUGAUGGAAAGCGAGCGUUUAACUGUCCUGUCUCAGACUACACAUCUGUCUUCAUCGUCUUCCUCAGCGAGAGAGCAACAGAACAAGCUCCUGCCGCCCACCGGUGAUGGGCCGAUAAUAGAUUCAGUCCAGACGUUGUCUUCUGAUCAGAGUGUCAGAGAGAAGGUAGACACCUCACCACCACCACCACAUACGGAGGAGAAACAAUGUGAGCAGCUCAAGCCUGACCACUGUGAAAGUGACGGCAGAGAUGACGACGAUGAAGACUUAAUAGUCAAGCUAGAAGACGAGGACGACGUCCAGAUUGUGGAGCAGAUGGUGGACUCUGAUCACAGUGUUAACGAUGGAGCAGGUCACCACGAGAUGGAUCUGGACCUCCAACCCGCCGACGCUGUGGAAGAACAAGAGAGCCAGCGGUGGUCGUCAGUUUCAGUGGGAGACAGCGACGCUGCUGAUGACUCGGACUGCUUUUUUGAACCGAAGCAGCUGUCACAAAAUCUGGACUCAGAAAUCCUGCUCAUUCAGAACGCUUUGGACAUAUUUGAUAAUACAGCAGAGACAGCGUACUCUGACAGACUUACGAGGGAUAAUGGACAAGGUGCAUCAAGCAAAUCAAGGGCUCCCGUGACUUUUAGCCAAGCUCAGUCAAGUCAGCCUAUAGAAGCAAUAAAUCACCCAGAGAGAGGAGUGUCUAUCAGAUUCCACAAACCCCAAACUAAAAACGUGGCAGCUUUUAACCCCGAGAGCAGAUUCUUUCUUUUAAAUGACCCCGAGUUGCAUAAAACCAUAGCGAAUCGCCGCAUUAAGGAGAAGUGGUUCAUCUGCCCGUUCUGCGGCAAAAGCUUCGAUCGCGUCAGCCAUCUGGAGAUUCACCAGCGAAUUCACACAGGAGAGAAACCGUACACAUGCGACACAUGUGGCAAGUGUUUUUCUCAGAGGAGUAACCUUCGCACUCACCAGCGGACUCAUAAAGAGGCUCUAUCCCAAAAUGCCGUUUGAUUCAAUAGAUUGCGAAGAGAAAAGCUAGAAAUAUCUGUGGCAUCUAUGUCUAAAUUCAUUAACAAAGUCUUUGUAUUUUGAUAUAUUACUAAAAGUAAUGUAGCUGCCUGA